UUUUCGUUGGCUUGGUUUGUUCCGAAAAUUGAAGACAAUCUACGGCAUCCCACCCCACGCCCGCUUAGUGCCUAUCGCCCACAUAACAUCAUCUUCACUGGCAACAAGUCCUUUAGUGCCUUUUUAUCUCCUGCAUGACAAUACCGAGUCCGGAGGGGCGGGUUGCUGCACAUUUUCAUGCCCGGGAGACUAGUGAGGUCAACAUGGGGGCGAGUCGUUCCGAUGGCUCUUCGAAAGAGCGCUUGAAAUGGACCCAAGAACUUCACAGUCUCUUCGAGAAGGCGGUUAACCAGCUUGGUGGUCCAGACAGGGCAACACCAAAGGGUAUUUUGAAGGCUAUGGGCAUUCCUGGACUCACUAUUUUCCACGUUAAAAGCCACUUGCAGAAAUACAGGAUGUCAAAGUUCAUCCCAGAAUCACCCAACAGGGGCAACAGGUUUGAAAGGAGAAGCAUAUCUGAAAUAUUGCCAAACUUCAGCGCAACAUCAGGCGCUCAACUUAACGAAGCACUGCAAAUGCAAAAAGAAGUGCAAAAGCGGCUGAGUGAUCAGCUUGAAGUUCAAAGGAGUUUGAAGAUGAAAAUCGAGGCUCAAGGAAGAUUUCUAGAGAGAAUUGCAAACGAACACAAAAACAGGGCGGCAAAUGCAAAACCAAGCAAGCCUUACUCUCCAGCUGCAUCCCUGCCUUCUCUGUGCGAGGAGUCCGACUCUGAGGUAGACAGAAACGAAAUACGACCUGCUGUUGCUGCUGCUGCAGAAUUUCGAGCAGCAAAGAGGAUAAGGAUAGAAGAUGACGAUGCUUUGCUACAAAAAUGCGACCUUGAAUCCUACAACAACGGCCAUCAGAGCCCGUUUCUCCUCAGAGGAUUGAACAGCCCGUGUUGGGCUCAUGAAAUGGGAUAUCCAUGGGGCGUUGCAACCCAGUCUCCCAUGUUGCCAGCACUGUAUGAUCCUCUAAACUGAAAAAAGCAUUUUAGAGCUUUGACAAGAUAAAUUUGCAGCGGGAAAGUAUAGGCAUUUACUCUUUCCUUUCCUGCUGAGAAUCAGUCCAUGGCAUGGGAUUGGACCAGGUGGAAAUGGGCUUAACUGGUAUAGGUGUUACAAACAUGUCAUGAAUCAAUCAAAUCAGAUCGUGUGUAAUUCAAAUA